CUAAGUGCAAGUGUUGUGAUUUCUUCAAAGGUGGGAUAGCCCUGUGAGGUGGUAGGGGUAUUUAGUCCUUCAGUUUACCUUCAUGUCUGAUGGUAUACACAUUAGUAUACCUAGGCAUGGCCACGGGGCGGGUUACCUGGAACCGAACCAGUCCCGAACCGCUUGGAACCGGAUCCGGAACCGGAACCGUUUGCGACAUGUUCCGAACCGUCCCGAACCACGAAACCGUGAAACCGCCGGAAAAAAGUUGCCAGAACCGUGAAAUCGCCGGAAAAAAACGUCGUGAACCGGGUAAAAAACCCGCGGUUUGGAACCGGAACUAGUCCGGGAGAACCGGUCCAACGGUUCCAUGGAACCGGUUCUGGAACCGGAACCGGAAUCGGUCCGGUUGAACCGGCUCAACGGUUCCGUGGAACCGGGACCAGAACCGGAACCGGGACCGGUCCGGUUGAACCGGCCCACCGGUUCCAUGGAACCGGUUCGCCAAAAUGUUACCGUUAACUAGCCGUUGGAGUUUCCUCUAUAUAUACUCAUCACUUUCAAUAAUUUUCAUUCACAACUCAUCUCUUCUCCUACUCUCUCUACUUACUCUCUCUAUUUAAUUCUUUAAUUACGCAAUUAUUCUCUUAAUUACAUAAUUAGUCUCUUAAUUAUUUCUUCAUUUAGUUAGUUACAUAAUUAAUUAUUUCUUUAUUUCUUAAUUCUAUAUUUCUAUUAUUACUUCAAUAUUAUCAAUCAUGUCUUCAUUUUUGAAAAAAGCCACAAAAAAAGUUACUAAAGUGGCAAAAUCAUUGGGAGGUUCCAGUUCGUCCAAAAGAAAGGCCACUUCUACUCCGUCGGUAUCAACAAUACGUUCCAUUAGUAAUUAUAAUUAUGAACAUAAUUAUCCGGAAGGGUACGACCCAGAAUUACAUUAUUAUGCAGAAGAAGUGGAAAGAGAAAUACAAAUUGAUGAAGAAGAAGAACAAGAAGAGGAACCAACGACCCCAAUUGGGAUACAUAUAUCUCGACAGUCAUCAACAAGAUCACAUGAAGAACAAGGAGAACAACAACAACAAAGACAAACUCGUGGUAAACGAGUCAAUUUCUAAACUAUCGAUGAAGAUGAACCAAUAAGACAACCUUUUCCGGCAAUGCCACCUCCUAGUGGUAGAGCUGUUUCACAUGUGUGGUCGUAUUUCACAAAAGAACCAACCGAGAAUCCAGAUAUUUUCUUAUGCACUUUUCAAAUUUGUGAAAGUCAAGGAGUAAAGCCCUUAGUUUCAUACAGUUUCGCCAGAGGUGGUGGUACGAGAUCUUUUAACAAACAUUUGGCAAAGAAGCAUGAAAUCACAAAAGAAACUCAUGCAGCAAGCGGCAGCUGGACCACAAGUGGAAGCCGACAGACACAAUGGGACAUUCCCAGCACAGGUAGAAGAUUUUUGGACGAAAAGAGAUCUCGUUUUGCUCCACAUAGUAUUCAAAUAUGUGUUUGCAAGAAAGAUUGGGAUCAAGCGGAGACUCGAACACAAGGAAUAAGGAAUGAUGAUGAUCAAGACGACGAUGAUGAUCCAUGGAUGAUGAUGGAUACAUCUGCAUCAUCGUCAGGAGGAGAGUCAGCUGAAGCAUCUAACCAACCACAUGAUGAUGACGAGGACGAAUAGGAUCAAUCCGACAAGCGACAACGAUAAAUCAACAUUCAACAACUAUAAAUAAAAGGUAUGACAAAGAACUACGUGGGCUUUGAUUCCUUCGGGAUAC